CCAAGGUCCUCGUGCGACUUACGUGAAACGCGCCAUCUUUGUUCUUGGGGGCAACGGCUUCAACUGUAGUGCGUUUUCUUCUUACCUUUCCGGAGGGAGAAAACGACAAUCUACUAUUUAUAUGACAUGUUCUCCGAAUUGUGGCGUUGAAAAUUGUUUGAUAUGCCUUGUAGGAAGUAGGACUUUAGAAAGGGACGUCAAUGGCAGGCCCAGGGCGUAGUGUGGAUAUCAAUCGUGCGACAACUGAGGAACUGGAGGGGUUGAAUGGAGUCGGCAAAACAAUAGCAAAGAAUAUAGUGGAGUUUCGUACUGCUUUAGGUGGCUUUUCUAGCAUCGAAGACUUGAAAGUUAUCCCUGGAAUUGGACGUUCAUUCAUUGAUGUACACAAAGAUGGUCUUUGUUGUUCACCCUCACCGUCUCUAUCUAGGCGAGAGACGAGGGGCUCUGCAAAAGCCAAGACAGGAAGACAGUCAUUAAACAGAAGGUCUCCCCUGACUCCAGCAGUCAAGGGACAUAGCACACCAAAGGGUAGAGGUGAAUCAGGAAAGCGAAAGCUCUCUAGCAGUAGUCACCAGCUGGAAAACGAUGAAAGUGAGAAAGUGUCCCCAGAAAAGAAGUUCUGUACUCCUACUCAAAGAAGACUGUUAAAACUCCUCCCCCUUAGAAAUUAUGGUACUAUCAAGACAGCGACCCCUGUAAUGAGUCCAGUAGACAGCCGGUGCCGACAUAUGUCUUUUUGCAGCCUUCCUCCAGCAGGCCUGGAAGAGUGGUUGCAUACAUUUCAGCAGUGGACAGCUGAGGAAAGGAAAUAUGCACUUGAUGAGAUUAUUGAAAACUGCGAGCCGACAGUCAUAAGACACAUUAUGGGUACCAUUGAACCACGAUUUCAAAGGGACUUUAUAUCUCUGCUGCCAAGAGAGCUUGCUUUGUAUGUGCUGUCAUUUUUAGAACCUAAUGACUUGUUACGAGCAGCUCAGACCUGCAAAUGCUGGCAGACACUUUGCGAUGACAACUUGCUUUGGAAACAAAAAUGUAAGCAAGCAAGGAUAGAGGAAGAGCCAGUCACUCCUGUAAAAUGUAACAGACGUAGAUCCAAUAAUUCACAACAGGUAAACCAGAACACUAAAGCUGUAAAUAGCCCAUUCAAGAAACUCUACUUGACAAAGCAACGGGUGUACUGGAACUGGAGAACAGGCCCUCUUCGUCCAUCUAAAAUUCUCAAAGGACAUGACGACCAUGUUAUUACGUGUCUUCAGUUCUGUGGCAGCAGAAUUGUCAGUGGUUCUGAUGAUGGUACUCUGAAAGUGUGGUCAGCCAUAUCUGGAAAGUGCCUACGCACUCUUGUAGGACACACUGGAGGGGUAUGGUCAUCGCAGCUGAGCGGCAAUGUGAUUGUCAGUGGAUCAACUGAUCGCACACUAAAAGUUUGGAAUGCAGACACUGGUUACUGUAUGCACACAUUGUAUGGGCACUCAUCCACUGUUCGUUGUAUGGACAUGCAUGACAGUACUGUAGUGAGCGGCUCUAGGGAUGGAACUCUAAGGGUCUGGGACACUUCAUCUGGGAACUGUCUUCAUGUUUUGGUUGGGCACCUUGCUGCAGUGAGAUGCGUUAAAUAUGAUGGAAGACGUGUAGUCAGUGGAGCUUACGACUUCCUGGUGAAGGUGUGGGACCCUGAAACAGAACAGUGUAUACAUACAUUGCAAGGCCAUACAAACAGGGUCUAUUCACUGCAAUUUGAUGGUGUGUACAUUGUCAGUGGCUCCCUGGACACUUCAAUUCGUGUAUGGCAUGUAGAAACUGGACAGUGUCUUCACACUUUAAUUGGACACCAGUCCCUGACCAGUGGCAUGGAGCUCAAGAAUAACACUUUGGUGUCUGGAAAUGCAGAUUCUACAGUCAAAAUCUGGGAUAUAACCUCCGGUCAGUGUUUACAGACUCUGGCAGGCCCAAAUAAGCACCAAAGUGCAGUCACUUGUCUUCAGUUUAACAGCUGGUUUGUCAUAACCAGUUCAGAUGAUGGCACAGUUAAAAUUUGGGACUUGCGCACAGGAGAUUUUAUCAGAGAUCUCGUAAAGCUGGACAGUGGUGGCAGUGGUGGGGUAGUAUGGAGAGUGAAAUGUGAUGAAAAGAAGUUGGUUUGUGCUGUAGGGAGCAGAAAUGGGACUGAAGAAACAAAACUUCUUGUCCUGGACUUUGAUGUACAUGAGUAAAUCACUCUGUUUUGCAUGCAUUUCAUCCUCAUUGGUGGAGAAAAAUUUGUACUUGACAACGUGUUUUAGUGUAUGUUUUAGAAGUUAUGUUGGAUAGAUACAUGUGUCUAAUUAAUAUUGCCAGUUCCCAACUUGUUGUUGGUUCCUCUUGUCGUCUCAUUCAUUGGAAGCUUACAUUGGAUAAUUUGUACCUUUGUCACAGUUACAUCUUUUACACCCAAAAGGUUUUGCCUUUUUGUACAAAAUUUGAUAGUAAGAAUUGUGGUGUAUGUCAGCUUGUAAAAAAGUAAUAUUAUACUAUCCACUGAUCAGGGUAACAUACAAAACCUACAGAUAUUGUGUGUGACAACACUGUUUUGCAGAAGCUGAUUUUAAAAACAAUUUUCAACAAUAGAUUUAUUUUGCCAAAUUUUUGGUAUUGUGCAUACUUGUUACAUAGAAAAGAAACCCUAAAAUGGAAACUACACUUGUAGUUUAUGAACAGGGUUUCUAGACUUCGCUUAAGGGAGAAGGAAUGUCUGCUGGUCAGACAUUGUGAAAUUCAAUUAACAGAAUUUGAUGUAUUUAGUCAUCAGGGCUGUGCAAAGAAAAUGAUGCACCUCUGUGAGAAGGUAUCACAAGAAAUAUAUAUUUUUCACAACCAUUGGAAUUAGGUUAGAACAGACAUGGGUUCACUUUUGUUUAACAAUAUUGUUGGUGAUGAUGCUUUUGCUUAAUAUAUAUUGUCAUUACCAUGUAGACUGCUAUUUACUUGAUCUGUGUAUUGUUAAGGGUAGUAACAACCUUGGGUACUAGAUGGUAUACCCUUUGAUCAUUUUCUGGUACUUAUUUUUGAACCAAGACUUAACAUUAAAAUCUCAAACCGUUCAUUAUUACUGUAAAAUUUGUAAAAUUCAAACUAAGUUAUAGGUUGGGUUAAAGAAUGAAGACCAAGAGAAAUAAAGCUUAUUUUUCUACUA